CGAAGGGCCGCGGGAAGGGAAGCAGAGGAGCGAGCCGGAGCGGCGGCGGCGGGGUAAUGGCUGCCUUGGAAAGGGUGAAGGUGCUGGUGUUGGGGGAUUCAGGUGUGGGGAAGUCCUCGCUGGUUCACCUGCUGUGUCACAAUCAGAUGCUGGGAAACCCGUCUUGGACGGUGGGCUGCUCUGUAGACGUCCGGAUCCACGACUACAAAGAAGGAACCCCAGAAGAGAAGACCUAUUACAUCGAGCUGUGGGAUGUCGGCGGCUCCGUGGGCAGUGCCAGCAGCGUGAAAAGCACUCGGGUUGUGUUCUACAACUCGGUCAAUGGCAUCAUUUUAGUACAUGACUUAACCAACAAGAAGUCCUCCCAGAACUUGUAUCGAUGGUCUCUGGAAGCUCUCAACAGGGACGCGGCCCCCUCAGGUGUCCUGGUGACAAACGGGGAUUAUGACCGGGAGCAGUUUGCUGAUAACCAGAUCCCGCUGCUUGUCAUCGGAACCAAACUGGACCAGAUCCCGGAGGCGAAGCGCAACGACGUCUUGACCAGAACGGCCUUCCUUGCUGAGGAUUUCAGUGCAGAAGAAAUCAACCUGGACUGCACCAACCCUCGCUACUUAGCAGCCGGCUCAUCCAACGCUGUCAAACUCAGCAGAUUCUUUGAUAAGGUCAUAGAGAAGAGAUACUUUUCGCGAGAUGGGAACCAGAUUCCUGGCUUCUCAGAGAGAAAGAGAUUUGGAGGGGGCUUUGUAAAGAGCCUUCACUACGACUGACCAUCUCUGGCUGCGAAGGGAGCAUGGGAAAUAAUUUAUCUCGCCUUUUAAGGACAGCAUUCCUGUCUCUGCCACCGAUGCUUGGGCUAAGGCAAACCAAGAUUGUGCAGCACACAAAUGAUCAAGACUGGCCAAAUAUAAGCGCUCAGGGAACUUAGACAGGAGGGCUUAUUCCCAGAUCUCAUUUGGAGACCAGACACUCGGUUUUUGGUCCUUUUGGAAAUCCAAGACAUUUUUCUUUUUUUACCAUCAUGCAAAAAUCCCAAUACUGCAUGCUUUCACACAAAAAGCAUAGCACGGGGGGGUUUUUUUGCUCACGACAUGAAAGAUUUCUGAGUCGACGGUCCCGCCUAGCGGAAUGAUGCCGCCGAGUCUAGACCUAACCCAGGAAUCGAAGGAUUUCCACAGAAUGAAAACAGCCGUUUAUGGAACGGUGCUCCAAUUGAGGUCGUGCCGCUAAUUGUAAAUGGAAUCCUGCCUUAGAAAUGGCUAUGAUUAAUAAAGAAUUUUUCAAAGACGCGCGAGGGCAACGGGAAGAAGCCUGGGGAGGAAAGGCCGGCUGGAAAUAAACCACAACCGCGGCGACCGUCAGCAAAAGCAAUAUUUAACUCGCUUGUCUCACUUUCCACCUUGCCAUCCGAAGUGCAGUUACACCUUUCUAACCCAUUAGCCUCACUGGGAUUAGAAAGGUAUAACUCUACUUAGGAUAGAUCCUGCCAGCUGUUGUAAGUUGCACGUUCCUAAAACCCAAGAGGUCCUGAUUUGAAAACCUGCUUUCUUUCCCAGCCUCGCUUUCUCUUUAGAACGUUGCCCGGUCAAAGAGACAACCGAGCGUGCUUUGAAGUCCUUUGCAGUUGAUCAAGGAGAGGAGAUGACAAGACAAAAGAUAAAACUGCAGCUGAGAGGAUACAGUUUGGCGGCAGGGGACACCCUGCCCAGUUAACUGGGACACUCGUUUUAAUCGAUGCACAUAAAUGUGAUUUGGUUUGGUUAAAAUCCCAGAAGGCAGAAGAGCACUGGGGAAAGUAAGUUUUCUCUCUCCCAAAGUGUCAGACUUGGAACUUCAAAGUAAAACGGACCAUUCUUUGUUGCAAAAUUAAUCCGUUUAUUUGAGAACUAGUGGUCUGAUAGAGAUGCAAGUCGAGUUUGAUACAUUCCAAGGCAAUGCAUACUAUUUUGAAGGGUACAUCAAAGCUAAACAAUAAAGCCAUUCUCACACCUGUUCCCAUGCUCCCUUAUCUCUUUCCCAAGGAAGGAACCCUGCUGGUUACCUUGAGGCAUGCCAUCUUCAAAGGGUCACUACAUUUGUUAGUACUAAGUAAGGAAUUUCUCACUUGUGGUUAGCAACAGUUAUCACAGUGUUGGAAAUGCAGAUUCUCACUCUCGGGGUUAGCACAAGCAUACAAAAUGGAGUCAGUUAAGGCAAGUAGCAUAGCUGGUUCAGAAUACCUUUCAGUGUAAAUUACAAGGUCUGACACAAAGAGGAUAUAGCAGUAAUGCUGCUUGUCUGCCUUUCGCUAUGGGUUUCCAUUAAGCAUUCCUCUGGAGUUGACAGCUAGAUCCCACGGUUCUGCACGCAGUGGGGCACGUGUUGGGAGCAGCCAAUAGAAAACCGCUUCUUGAAAUCUGUGGGUCUCAGAAUGAGGAGGUGGCACAAUUUAACAGAGUUUCCCUGUAGGGGCCUCCAAAGGCAUUCUCGGGUAGCAGCAGUGGUGGCAACAUGGAUGCCCUCCCUUCAAGGCACGUUCUUGCUAUCAGCUGCUAGGAGUCUGUGCUGAAAUAGCAGCCCCUUCCCAUUCAGAUAGCCUCUGUUUGCAGUGUCUGACUAAAUGGAGCGCUGUGUUGUGUUUUGCGUUAUAAUUUCUAAAAUAAUUUCUGGGAAUCGUUUGAAAACGAGCGCCUCCCCCCCCCCAAAAAAACUCACACCUCGCAAACAACAAAAUACAGAAAACGGAGCAAUUCCUGCCGUCAAGAUGUACAAUGAUAGCCUGAACUCCGUACGUGAAACAUGCAAUUUUCACUCGUUCAGUUAACCAUCUCCCUAAUACUCCAUUAAUUGUGGACCGAUUCUUUAACUGAGAAAUGUUUGGAAUACAGAAACGUUUGAAUAAAUGCAGAAUGUAUUUCCAAAAUAAAAUCCUAACGGCA